AGCUGUUGGGUGUGUCUUCUUUGGAAUUGCGCAGAAAUGGCGUUGGAAAAGCCACAGGUCAAGUUUCCCUUUGAGAUAUGCGACGUAGAUCCCGCUAUCAAUGCAGAGCUGUUGGAGUACUUUAAAGGUGAACGCGCGGGUUUUGUGCAAGUAGGUCCCGAGCGCUAUUUCUUUCCGCAUAAAUAUAAGGCGGAGGCGGAGCGUUAUUACAACUUUGAAGCACGCAGUGAUGAUAUUUGGAUAGUAACAGUGCCGCGUUCGGGCACCACCUGGACACAGGAGCUCGUCUGGCUGCUGGCUAAUGAUUUGAACUUUGAGCAGGCAAAUCAGCGUCUACUUUCGGAACGUUUUCCGUUUUUGGAAUUUCCUUUGUUCGUGCAUGACGAGGUCAAGGCGGAACUGUUGGCGGAGAACAAGGACUCAGCCGACUCACUACAGUUUAUAGAGCUUAUAUCACGUCCAGGCUAUGAGACACUAACGGAGAUACCAAGUAACCAGCGACGGUUCAUAAAAACACAUUUUCCCUUCUCGCUGCUGCCACCUAGCGUCUUGGAAAAUAAAUGCAAGAUUAUUUAUGUCACACGUAAUCCCAAAGAUGUGGCUGUGUCUUACUAUUACCUCAAUCGUUUGUUCCGUACGCAGGGUUACACUGGCGAUUUUGAGCGCUAUUUUCGAUAUUUUCAGCAAGGAUUAAAUCCUUGGCUGCCUUAUUAUAGUCACGUAAAGGAGGCACAUCAACAUAGCCAGUUGUCAAAUGUUUUAUUUUUACACUAUGAGGAUAUGAUUCUGGACUUGGCUACAACAAUUACCAAAAUUGGAAACUUCUUGGAUUGUCCACCAAGUGCAGCAGGAAUGGACAAGUUACUCAAUCAUCUGAGCUUUCAAAACUUUCGCCAAAAUAGUUCCGUUAAUAUGCAUGAAAUGGCAAACGUGGGCAUUCUAAAUACAGGUGAAGCUGGUUUUGUGCGUAGUGGUGGCAAAAAUACGAAGACUAAUCAUGAUCAGAAAGAGUUUGCGGACAAUCCGACACUUUUGCAAACUGCUAAUGAGUGGAUAAAGGAAAAUAUGGAUAUUUGUAAAACUAAUCUCAUUUAAGAUUCAAAAGGGCGCCAAUAUUGUAAAAUACGCCAGUUUUGUCGAAUAAACGUCAAAUGUCGCAAGCUGUUGCAGUCGCACUGCUCGCACUAUAUUAUAGCGGAUAAUAC